UGGGUGAUAACAGUACUUGCGUGGAGCAGAGCCUUUCUACGGGCGUAGAUUUACAAACAAGAGUCCUCCAGUUUGUGGAGGAACAACUACACACAACAAUGCUUACGGGCAUUCUGAUAGGAGCUCUGGUGGCGAUAUCUUUGAUAGGAAUCAUCGUGUUCAUCAUCUAUAAAAAAUUUAGACAAUCAAAGCAACAGCAGCCAGAAGUGCAGCGCUACCGUUUCAGGAAGAGGGACAAAGUGAUGUUUUAUGGGCGAAAGAUCAUGAGAAAGGUCACUACUUUGCCAAACAGCUUAGUUGGCAACACAGUCUCAAGGCCAAGGGUGAGAAAACGAGUGAAAGUCUUGACACUGGCAAAAAGAAUACUGCGGUUUAAGAAGGAAUAUCCCACCCUACAGAAAAAGGAGCCACCACCGUCCCUACUUGAGGCAGAUCUGACAGAGUUUGAUGUCAAAAAUUCCCACUUACCUUCUGAAGUGCUGUAUAUGCUAAAAAAUGUGAGGGUAUUGGGACACUUUGAGAAACCCUUGUUUCUUGAAUUGUGCAAGCACAUGGUAUUCGUGCAGCUACACGAAGGAGAAUACAUUUUUCGUCCUGGGCAGAUGGAUAACAGCAUCUACGUGGUGCAAGACGGCAUGUUGGAAGUCUGUAUUCAAGAAAGCGAUGGCACUGAUGUGGUGGUGAAGGAGGUACUGGCAGGGGACAGUGUGCACAGUCUGCUGAGCAUCCUUGAUGUUAUAACGGGACACCCUGCUCCUUACAAAACGGUUUCAGCUAGAGCUGCGACAGCAUCCACCAUUUUGCGUCUUCCAGCAAAUGCUUUCCAAGAUGUGUUUUCCAAAUACCCAGAGACCCUUGUUAGAGUGGUACAG